AUGGCGGCGGCCAUAGGCGCGGGUUUCUGCUGGUAGCGCCGUUCCCCCGCUUAUCUCUGCAAAAUGUAAAAUGCAAAACAAACGGCUAGUUGAGGGAGAUCGCAGGCAAUGAGUCGGCGAAGGAAACACGGGGAAAGCCCAACUCUGAAGAAAACACCGCGCAAAGCCACGGCGGCGGAGGAAUGCGGCUUGAAGGUCGAGUCAGGGAAAAGGCGGCUGAAGUCGGCCCAUGGCGGGGCUGCAGAGAGGCCACCUCGGCCCGGGGUGCAGCGAGAGCCGCCUGCAGCAGCCUCUUCGUGCAGUAAAAGUCACCCCGAGGAAAAGUAUGAAACCCCAGAGAGAAUACUGAAAAUGGAUUUGUCAUCGACCUUCAGUUCUCCUAAUGACCUAGAAGGACAGAAUGAUAUAUUUUGGGAUCAAAAUUCACCAAUGACAAAGCAGUUAGGUAAAGGAAGAAAAAAACAGAUUUACACUACCGAUAGUGAUGUGAUCUCACAUAUUGUUAACCGAAUUGCCCCUCAGGAUGAAAAACCACCAACAAACUCUUUGUUGGGCAUAUGGAUUGGUGAAACUGCUAUUCCUUGUACACCCAAUGAAGCAAAAGGAAAAUCAAGAGGAAAAAUCAACUGUAUAAAGUUAAAAACACAAAAUAGAGAAGAAGAGCUUAUGAAGUUGGCUAAACAAUUUGACAAGAAUAUGGAAGAGCUUGAUGGGAUUCAAGAGCAGAACAAGAUAAAUCAUGUUUUUAUUCAUAAAAGUUCAGAAGCAGAGAUUUUAAAUAAUUUUAAAGAAAACGUACAGAUGCAUUUAUUACCUGGCAUAAUUCCUGAAAUAGAUAAUUCAAUAAUAAAGAAGAAAUCAAUUAAAGAAAACAGCAAGAUAUCUGUUGAAAAUGAUCAAAUUAUCAAUCAGAAACCAUUUGACCUAAGUGCUGAAGCUGCCUUUAAUGCCAUCUUUGAUGGUUCUACUCAGAAAUGUAGUGGAGUGUUAAGCCAAGAUUCAUCAUAUGCACUUUUGAAUACUAGUAAUACUGUCAUUGCAAAAAAAAGUCCUUUGAAAGAGGAAAACGUCAUUACUAACGAAACUCUGGUCACUGAAAAGCUGCAAAGUAAAACUCAUAGAUCACUUUCUCAUCAAGAAGAUGCUCCUUUGAUGUCAAAAUCAUGUGUGUCAGCUUGUACUAAAGCAGCAAGAACUUCCAGAAGGCCUAUUGAUACACUCACUACCAGUGAUUUUGAGGAUGAUUGGGAAAAGUUACUGAGUAAUGAACCUUAUAUUAUGCAAAAUAUCAGAUCAUCUGAACUUUGCCUUGCUGAUCAAAAUGAACCUUAUACCUUUAAUAUUCAAAAUGAUGAAAGUAAUUCAAAAACAAAUACAAAUCUAGAUGUGAGGUUAAAAGAUUCAAAAAAUUCUCAAGAUCUUUGUUCAAAGACACGCAAUAGUGAAUUAAUAGAUGCAAGUAAAUAUAGAGUUCUACCAAAUCCAAGUGGUAAAGUAUUAAACAAAUUACCAUCAAGUGAAAAUAAGAUGAAAUUUGACAAAUCUUUGAAUACAGUUGUUGAAGACAAAUAUCAGGAUUGUACAGUUAGAGCUUAUCCAACAAAAAUAAAGGAAGAUAUUCAUUCAAAAUUUACUUCGACUAUAAAUACAUCUAGCAAAAUGUCUUCGAACACAUGGUAUUCAAAUGAACAGAAAAACAAGUCAAAUUUGAAUCAGUCUUUGAAAACACUUGCUAGUAUAGAGCCUUGUAAUUCUUCAAUUUUGGACAGUAAAGCCAGUGUUUGUAACUCAAAUCAAACUAAUGCAUCAAAAUUAGGCUUACUCUUUGAUGACUGGAGUGACCCAGUAUUAUCCAAUGAAAUAAUUAAAGCGUGUCACCAAUUAGAAAAUACCUGGGAAGUAGAUGAUGUUGAUGAUGAUUUAUUAUACCAAGCAUGUGAUGAUAUUGAAAAACUGAGUCAAGACAAAGAAGAUGGUAAGACAUCAGAAAAUAUACUUAAUAUCCAUAACAGUUCCAAACAUGGUUCUAAAAACAUGUUUACUCCAUCUGUACAAGGAAGUUCAUUGCUACAAUCAAAGCAUUUGAAUCUGUGCAGCAUUUCGGGGCAAAAGACUUCAUUGACAAAUAGUCCACAAAUAAAUAAAUCAGUGAAGAUGGAGAAAAGGGAAAUUUAUGGAAAUUCUCCAGGUUUUAUAGGUGCUACGACAAACUUAUCUAUCUAUUCUAAGAGUACAAACUGUCAGGAAAAUAAUCUACAUUUUUCUCGGAAUAAUUCUGAUGUUCCAAUACAAGUGAAUAAUUCCAAACCAGUUCUUGUAGCAACUUCAUCAGAACAUCAUCAGACUAUAGAAAUUGCUCCUGAGAAGAACUUAAACACCCAGUGUAUGUCCCAUAGGAAUAUAACAGAUAAAACUUUGAGAGACCUUAACAGAACUGUUAGAUCUUCUAAGUAUACCUUUACAAGAAUGAAAAAUCCUCAAGUUCAUUCCCAGUUUAACCAAAACUACUUGUCACAAAGUGGUUCUGAUACUAAAAUUCCACAUGAUUUAGAGAAUAAAACUCUCAACCCAUUUUAUAAGGAAACUUUUCAACAGCAAACCUCAGUGAAACUUUCUGCAUCUUUAAAACAACCUUCUAAAGAGGAAGAGAAAAAUAGAAAGUGCUCUCCUGAAGAAAUUCAGAGAAAAAGACAAGAAGCAAUGGUUCGAAGAAUGGCCAGAGCACAGGCAACAACUGUAAAGGCAGCUCCCAGUUGAAUUUCUGUAAUGGAAUAUUAUUUGGAAGAAUUAAUACAGACAAUAACUAUCUAUGAUAGGAAAAAUAUUCUUUUUGAUUUCUCUGUGAGAAAUUUAAUGCUGAGUUGUAAAGCAUGGACUUCUACUUUAUUUAAUAGAUUGCUGUUUGGAAUAGUUGGUGAAACAUUACCUUAGAGAAAGAUACCAAAGUGGUUGGUUGUGUUUUCAAAAUUCAAGGUCAUCAAUUAUACUGAAGGAAAUUGUUAUGGUUUUAAAUAAUUUGAUUAGAGAAGACCAUUGAAAAGUAUGUAAUCUACUUAGUUUUAAACUGUAAAAUGUUUUCCUGAGCUGAGAUUUGACUAAAUUAACAGACUGUUACUUACAGCAUUCCUUUCAGUAACCCUUUUCCUAAAACUUUCGUGAAUUUCUGAAUUCUAAUACUUCCAUACUGUUAGGAACAAAGUUUUUGGGAAAUGAAGAAUUGUAAUUUGUAAAGAAAUUGCUAUUUUUUAUUUAUUAUUCUGAAGUAGAUUUUAUCUUUAAUUUUCUGAUAAGAUCCAUUUUGGAAACUGACCAAAAACUGAUUUAAGAAAUCCACUUAUGGGGCUGGAUCAAUAGCAUAGUAGGCAAACAGCACAUUUGCCUUUCAUGUGGCCAACCCUGGUACUAUCUCCAGCAUCCAAUAUGGUCCCCCAAGCCUUCCAGGAGCGAUUUUUGAGCACAGAGCCAGGAGUAGUAAUUCCUGAGUGCCACUAAGUGUUGUCCCCCCACUGCCUCCCAAAUCCUCCACUUUCAAAU